GAGCAGGAACAUGGGGGAGGAGAAGCCGCUUCCCGGGGCGUAGUCGGUCCAACAGCCAAGGUUUGAAUGAAAAGGAGACGGAAAUACGAAGAAGAGGAGUGAACUGAUCCCGAAAGGAAAUCGAGUCGAAACGGAGCCGUUUCUGCUCGAAGCGCUACCGAGGAAGACGCACGAGGAAAUUGAGUUAUUUUUGUUUUGCGCAAAAGGACUAGCAGCAGCUUAAAGGAUCCUCACUAUAAUCCUUCCUGAAAGAAAGAUUAGUCCUCCAUCAUCUCUCCAGCCUCCAAAAUAGAUUCUCUCAGGAGUAAGGUUGAGCUGCUGAAGCUGCCGCUUGCUCUCUCGUCCAAAUCCAUCUCCGAGCGCAAAACCCAGCUGGCCGGGGCAACAGAGCGCCACAGGGGCGGAGCUGGGGUCCACAAACCCCGCCUACCGGCCCCAGACAUGGACAACGAGUCCCAGUACUCAGGCUAUUCCUACAAGUCGUCACAUUCCCGUAGCUCUCGAAAGCACAGGGAUCGGAGAGACAGACACCGCUCUAAGAGCAGAGACAGCAGAGGGGACAAAUCAGUAACUAUCCAGGCUCCCGGAGAGCCGCUGCUGGACACGGAGUCCACUCGUGGAGAUGACAGGGAUGAUAACUGGGGUGAGACCACUACAGUGGUAACUGGAACGUCCGAGCACAGCGUGUCCAAUGAGGACCUUACACGAGCAUCCAAAGAGCUAGAGGACUCGUCUCCGCUGCAGUGCAAGCGCUUUGCAGGGCCGAUUCUGAGUGGAGUGCUGGGUCUCUUCGCUCUGCUCACGCCUCUCGCCUUCCUCCUGCUGCCCCAGGCGCUGUGGCGGGACUCGCUGGAGCCGUGCGGCACGCCGUGUGAAGGCCUGUACGUCUCGCUCGCCUUUAAGCUGCUGGUGCUGGCCAUCUCGACGUGGGCUCUGUUCCUGCGGGCGCCACGUGCCACCCUGCCACGCUUCUUUGUCUUCCGCUGCCUGCUGCUGGCGCUUGUCUUCCUCUUUGUGGCUUCCUACUGGCUGUUUUACGGCGUGCGCGUGCUGGAGCCUCGGGAGCGGGAUUACCGCGGAAUUGUGGGAUACGCGGUCUCUCUGGUGGACGCGCUGCUCUUCAUUCAGUACCUGGCGCUGGUGCUGCUCGAGGUGCGACACCUGCGGCCCGCCUUCUGUCUCAAGGUGGUGCGAACUACAGAUGGAGCCAGCCGCUUCUACAACAUCGGCCAUCUUAGCAUCCAGCGAGCUGCAGUAUGGGUGCUGGAUCAAUACUACAGUGACUUUCCUGUCUAUAAUCCAGCUCUCCUGAACCUGCCCAAGUCCAUCCUCUCCAAAAAGAUGUCUGGCUUCAAGGUGUACUCCCUUGAAGAAAACAGUACCAACAACUCAACCGGCCAAUCACGAGCGAUGAUCGCAGCGGCCGCACGCAGACGAGAUAACUCCCAUAACGAGUAUUACUACGAGGAGGCCGAGAUGGAGCGCCGCAUCCGCAAACGCAAGGCCAGGCUGGUGGUGGCCGUAGAGGAAGCGUUCACUCACAUCAGGCGACUCCAGGAGGACGAGGCAGCUGUUACCCCCAAGCAUCCACGGGAGGUGAUGGACCCCCGCGAAGCCGCUCAGGCCAUCUUUGCACCAAUGGCACGCGCCAUGCAGAAGUACCUUCGCACCACACGCCAGCAGCCUUACCACAGCAUGGAGAGCAUCAUCUCACACCUGCAGUUCUGCAUCACACACAACAUGACACCCAAAGCCUUCUUGGAGCGUUACCUGACAGCCGGUCCCACCAUGCAGUACCAGCGUGAAAAUGGCAGGGGGCGCCAGUGGACGCUGGUUAGCGAAGAGCCCGUGACCUCCGCAUUACGCCAGGGCCUCGUUUUCUCGCUCCGUCGUCUCGACUUUUCCCUCGUCGUUACGGUGACGGCGCUUCCCUUCCUAACGCUUGGGGAGGAGUUCAUCGACCCCAAGAGCCACAAGUUUGUCAUGAGGCUGCAGUCUGAAACGUCAGUGUAGAAAGAGGUACAGAGAAAAGAGUGUAGCAAACAGGAAGAAGGCUCGAAGAUUCCGAGAGAGAAAGAACCACUUCUUUUUAACUAUUUUUAUAACACUGAGCCUUUUUUUUUUUUUUUUAAUUCGUCUGGGGUUUUUUUUUUUCUUUUAAUACAUACAUGGUUUGGACUGAACUGUUCUUCACAUUUCAAACUGAAAGACUGCAUGCAUUCUGCAACCACAUCAAGUUAGUGUCACUUUAGCCCCUUUAGGAAGUGUUGCUUAGUGAAGAGGUUUUUAUGCGACACUUCACCCAGUGUGCAACUGUCAGUAGUUCUUGUUCACAAGUCAAGCAGUCCCACUGCACGUAAUGAAGCCAGCUAUAAAGCAGAAUGUUUAGGGUCUUUAGAACUAAAUACGUCCUCAAAACUUGUUUCUUCGUUCAUCAGAAACACCUGAGCACGGAGAACACAGACCCAGUGUUAAACACGCAUUGUACAAAUCAUUAAUGUGAAAAGGGGUUCCCCAUUACCUAAAUAGUUCUUCCCUAUUUCUUUGUUGGUCUAAAUAUUCAGAGCACAUUACAUUUGUACAAUGCUACAGUCUGUGCUUUGGACCAGUUAAACAGCCAACAUCUAGACAAUAAAUCCUGACAUUUGAUUUACUUCCUUUAGUCGAUUCAGAGUCAGAUCACUUUCCAAAUGUCACACUGCUUCGUAUGGAAGUGAACUGAGAUCGGUGUGUUCACGUGUGCUUAAAGAAUGACCAUGUGGAAGGAAAGGGUUCUAUUUGAAAUAGGUUAACACUGUAUGUUGUAAAGUUCACCAUUAGAGUUGAGUCAUUUACUGCAGAAAUGAAUCAACUAGUAUUUAGCCAUCUACCGUUUUCCUGUUACAGGCUGCCUGUGGCAACAUAUCAGCAGUGUAACAAACACUGAGUGGAAAAUAAAUAGCUGAACCAAAGCUGAAUGGAAAAAAAUAAAAAUCGGAUAUUGAACACUUUCUCCUUCUAAUGUUUUAAAAAUAAUAACAAUAAUUCAGGAAACACUAUCAAGGCACCAUCAUUAGCAUCUCCGUUGUCUGCUGCUUCCUAGACCUCAAUUCACAGCCUUGUUACACUACUGUAAUUAAAACUCUACUGUGCUUUACAUCAUCAUGCGUCUCUACAGUCAUCUUUGCGAACAGUGUGUUUACUACAUGUUUACGUCUUUCAGCUGGAAACACUACAUAUUUCAUUGUAAAUAGGAAUCUACAUCACCAAGGGCUUGUGAAAAGUCUCCUUCCUCUAGUGAAUGUGUGUAACAGUUCACCUCUAUGCUAACGCUGCUACACUGUUAGCAUUAUGCAAGCAGGACCGUGUUAGCCUUCAUUCGUAAGGAUCGUUCAUGGUUUAGGGUGAACUGUCUGUGUUUUUUAUUCUAAAAAUGAUCAAGAGGCCUUUUUAAAUGUUAACAUUGUUUACAUUUUGGAAAAAAAAAAACUUUUACCAGUUAUUUACGGAUUCCUUCAGAAUAAGGAAGGAAAGUGUUUCGUGUAAUUUUCGUGGAAAGUGUGUUGCAAUGUUGUGAUCAUCUGUGGGGGGGGGGUGGGGGGGGUGAUGCAAAACUACUACUAUCUCUGAGCUGUCAAAAUCAGUCAUUCCAUUCAGACCAGGACUAUUUUCCUCUACUUCAUGUAGCGUGUCGUGACGUUAGCGUAGUAAUACGUGGGGGGAGUGAACCUUCGCACAAAAUGGGGCGGGGCACAAAAUUCCCCCUACCGCUUGCCUUAUAAUUCAAACAUAUCUCUUUAUAAGUCUCAUGUAGCGAAACCCUCUGCCUUCAGCACAUGCUACACUUUUUUUUGUUUUUUUUUAUUUUUUUUUUGGGCAGCUGUAAACUUUUCUCUCUCUUUGUACAUAAAUCAAAUUUCUCUUUCUCUCUCUCUAUUUUUUUUUUAAGUCAUGAAUGCUACAGGAGACUGAAAGUUUUAAUACAUGUAGGUUGUUUCUUAAUGAACCUCAAAGUUCUUCUUUAGGCCUAAUGCAUGCACAUAGCUAAUGAAGUUUUGUAACAUUUGUACUUCCUCACCUUGUUCCUUUAAAGUCAAGCUAAGCCUUUAACUUUUUUGUUUUUCUUUUUUUGGAAAGAAAAA